GUCCAACUAGUCCUCUUUGUUAAAAAAAAUAUAAUAAAACCCUAGAGUCUGCCGCAAUCCUCUGGUUUUCCUCUAACAGCAGUUAGGGUUUUUGGUCCAUCUCACUGCUUACCAAACCGAUGGCUCCUAAAAGAGUUGUGAAGCCCUCGGUAGUGACAAAGAAGAAGCCUGAAAAGGUUCUGAACCCUUUGUUUGAAAAGCGACCAAAGCAGUUUGGAAUUGGUGGUGCACUGCCACCAAAGAAGGACUUGACUAGAUUUGUCAAGUGGCCUCAUGUUGUUCGUAUUCAGAGGCAGAGGAGGAUACUUAAGCAGCGUCUGAAGGUUCCUCCAGCUGUUAAUCAGUUCACAAAGACACUUGAUAAGAACCUUGCCACACAACUUUUCAAGUUAUUGCUCAAAUAUAGACCUGAGGAUAAGGCAGCUAAGAAGGAAAGGCUUCUUCAAAGAGCACAAGCUGAGGCUGAAGGGAAAACUGUGGAAUCAAAGAAACCCAUUGUUGCUAAAUAUGGGCUUAACCACGUUACUUACCUCAUUGAGCAGAACAAAGCUCAAUUAGUGGUUAUCGCACAUGAUGUUGAUCCGAUUGAGCUUGUCGUUUGGUUACCAGCCCUGUGCCGGAAAAUGGAGGUCCCUUACGCAAUUGUGAAGGGCAAGUCACGCCUUGGAGCGAUUGUUCACAAGAAAACAGCUGCAGCUUUGUGCCUUACAUCUGUGAAGAAUGAAGAUAAAUUGGAAUUCAGCAAGAUUUUGGAGGCAGUUAAGGCCAACUUUAACGACAAGUUUGAUGAACACCGGAAGAGGUGGGGCGGUGGUAUCAUGGGCUCCAAAUCUCAGGCCAAGACCAAGGCAAAGGAGAGAGUAUUAGCAAAGGAGGCUGCCCAAAGAAUGUCCUGAGUUUUUAGUUAGUAUAGUAGAGGGAAGCAUUUACCAGAAAGGAACUUCUGACGACGAAUUUUGCAUUUUAUUAUGGCUUGGGAGUAGUAGUAGUCGUCGUCGCCGUCUUGAUAUUGAAUAUUAUCUAUCAAAUUAGAUUUUUGGUGGGAGAAUGAAUAGUUGUAGAUUGCUCUUCUGUUUCUGUCAUGAAGGUGUCAUGAUAAAUGCAUAAAUCGCCCAAUCCAUAAAUUCAUGCCUCUUUUACUAUUUUACAUAAAAAA